AUGUCUGAACAACCAAAGAAAGCCUGGCGUGACGUAUCCCCGGAGACCGCAGUCAUCAUCAACCGCAAAAAGAAUUGGUACUGUCGCUACGCCGACACUUGUCAGUUUGAGAAGUUUGAUCAGGUCGCACUUCCUGACUGUACAUAUGAAUACCAGUCGGAUGGCGAGCUGCUGACCCAAUCUGGAUUUACAUACCGCUGGGGCAGCACAAAGGAAUUUGCCGACUUCUUCCAAAAGGCGUUUCAGACUCUGCAGACAAUCCACAUGGUUGGACCCGGAGAUUUUGAGCAAAUCAGUGAUGAUGAAGUCCGGGCCACCUUUACCGUAAUCUAUCAUUCAGCUCUCGCAAAGGGCGUCGGCGAGUCCUACGGGGUUACAGGAACUGGCGGUGGACACUACUAUGAAGUUUGGAAGCGCAAGGACAAUGACUGGUUCAUGGCAGACUUGCGUAUGAACAGAAUCUACGAAGGCUAG